UAGGCCGCAAAUAAUCAAUGUUUCAUCUCUAGCUCCUUUAAGUUUUGCGUUAUUUAUGUAAAUGUUUAGCGAAAUUGCGAAAAAAAGUGCAUAUCAGUGCGCUCGAUUGCUGAAAAAGUAGUUGCGUUGCGUACGGCGAAGAGCCCAUCAAAGGCGGCCCAGUGGCCAAGCGAUCGGAGGGCCAAAGGAAGUCCCAGUCGACGUGUUGUAUUCGGGGCGCGGCGCCUGCAGAAAACGGACAAAACAUCCUUAGGACAGCCACACAAAGGGACAUCGAUACUUUCAGCCACCGCACACAAUGGCCGAGCGACCGAAGAAUUUGUUCGCAACCGGAUCCAGUCGCGCCCGCAACCCCCCGGAUCAGCUCAGCCUGAACAACCUCAGCAUUCGCCAUCCGCCCUCAUCCACAUCGUCCACCUCGUCAGGUUCCACCUCCUCGGGCUCAAGUUCCUCAUCGCAGCACAACCAUGUGACCCGCUGUUUUGGUGCCCAGCAGCCACAACCGGUUCCACCGGUGGUCAGCACUGUUGUGCCCGCAGUUCCGGCAGCUUCGAGCAGCAGCGCCGCCGAUCGCCACCGGGAGCGGAUUCGCCAGCAGGCCUGUGGCAAGCUGCAGUUUGGCGAGGGCCCCGCCAAUACACACACUUUCACUUCGGAUGAUCUCGAGGAUGAGGGCGAAAUUGGGCGUGGAGCCUUUGGGGCGGUCAACAAGAUGAUCUUCAAGAAACUGGACAAGGUAAUGGCCGUGAAGCGUAUACGCUCCACCGUCGACGAGAAGGAACAGAAGCAGCUGCUCAUGGAUCUCGAGGUGGUCAUGAAGUCCAACGAGUGUAUCUACAUCGUUCAGUUCUAUGGUGCGCUUUUCAAAGAGGGCGACUGCUGGAUUUGCAUGGAACUGAUGGACACCUCGUUGGACAAGUUCUACAAGUACAUUUACGAGAAGCAGCAGCGCCACAUUCCGGAGUCCAUACUGGCUAAGAUUACGGUAGCCACCGUAAAUGCCCUCAACUAUCUGAAGGAGGAGCUGAAGAUCAUCCAUAGGGAUGUGAAGCCGAGCAAUAUUCUGUUGCACCGUCGUGGUGACAUCAAGCUGUGUGAUUUUGGCAUUUCGGGUCAGCUGGUUGACUCGAUUGCCAAGACCAAAGAUGCGGGCUGCAGGCCCUACAUGGCGCCUGAACGCAUUGAUCCGGAGCGCGCCAAGGGCUACGAUGUACGAAGCGAUGUUUGGUCUUUGGGCAUAACUUUAAUGGAGGUGGCUACCGGCAACUUCCCUUACCGCAAAUGGGACUCGGUCUUCGAGCAGUUGUGCCAGGUUGUGCAAGGUGAACCGCCAAGACUAUUGACGUCCUACAACGGCAUGGAGUUCUCCAAAGAGUUUGUUGACUUUGUCAAUACUUGCCUGAUUAAAAAGGAGAGCGACAGACCGAAGUAUAGCCGGCUGUUGGAGAUGCCCUUCAUCCGUCGCGGUGAGACGAGCCACACCGAUGUUGCCGUGUACGUUGCUGAUAUCCUAGAGUCGAUGGAGAAAGACGGCAUCACGCAGUUCACGGCCAACCAGCAAGCGGAGAGUUAAUCACCCUGCGAAAGAAGCAAGUCAUAAAUUAACUGAGAAACAACAACAACACAACAAGCAAACUAAGCAGAAGGGCAGCAGAGAAAAUUUAAAUUGUUGUCUACUUUGUAGCAUUCGUAGAAAACCUAGCGCAUAUUUUGUUAAACAGAAAACAAAACUAAGCGAAAAGUGUGUAAGCUGGUAGUAAGCAUAAUGUGUGUAUAGUUUAAAGUCCCUAAAAAGCCUAUUGUAAUUCAAUAAUUUUUGUAUUCGCGGUUUUGUGCGUCCAAUUUUGUGUUGAAAAUAAAUUUAUGUUAAAAAGCAGGCCAGCAGCAGGUGACAGUCGAGUAUUUCGGCCAAUAAUUUGACCAGCUUUGGACUCCCCGCCCAAUGCCUAUUUAUAUACAUUCAGUCAAGCGAGCAUUUUAUAAUCCGGUUGAUUUAUUUAUCAUUAAUAAUGAUACAAGACCAAUUGGUGAUGCAUUUUGCGUUAAUAAGCAACCACAUGCAAAACUUAAGCAAUAUUUGUAAAAAACUUCGUGGUAACGAAGAUUGACUACCCAUACAAACUAACAGAAACACCAACACGCGUUAAAGUGCGUAAAAAACAUAGUUCAACAAAAACUAUUGAAUUAUAAAUUAUUUAUUGAACAGAUUUUGUAAUCCUAUUAUAUUUUUUAAUUUGCAUAUAUGAAAAUGAUUGUGAAAAGCUUUAAAUAAUAGCCAAGCGGCUGAGAUGUUUAAAUUGUAGUAGAAAUUAUUGCAGAGAAAUGCAAAAUUAAUCCCAUAAUAUAUGAAAUAAUUAGCCACAACACCGACACAUUCACACACUACACACAUAUAGACACGUUUUUAUGCGUAGUAAUUAGUUGUAAGCGAAGCAAAAAUAUUUAGCAAAAAAAAGUUACAGCUACAAAAACAAAAGUCAUGUGAAAACUGAAAAUAAAACAAAAUAAAUGUAUUGUGCCUAAGUAUAAACCGAAAUGAUAAACACUUACCAGGAGAACCACAAUUUAAAUUUAAUCAAAACUCAUAAGCCAUAUAUAAUCCCUAGCCUAGCUUUCAAACCCAAGCUUAUAUAGCCGUACUGCAAACACCAUGCCGCAUCCAUCCCCAUAAAUGCACAGCCAAACGAUUGCACCGUCUAUGUCCCCGUCUCAAAACAACAACAAUAACAACCAAACUAAAUCGAGUAAAAACUAAAACCAAUGUUUUUUGAUUAACAUUUUUAUGCAAGCGUCAAUGUGAAAGCAAAGUUUAUUUUGUAUACAUAUAUACAUGCAUAAUAUAUUUGCACGGGUUGCAUAUAGAAUAAGCAAAGCAACAAAGCCUGCAGCAGUUUUCUUUUUUAUUUUUUCAAUGUUAGUUUGCAAAAUAUAAUCCUACAGCAUGCAGCAUUUAGAGUGGAAAUAUAUACAAAUAUGAAAUAUAUUUUUAUUAAGCCCGCAAACAUCCCAGAAUUUUCAUAUAGACUCGUCACAAGUAAUGUUCGGCCAGCCGAGACAUGUUCGCCCUUGGCAGAGUAUUUACCAAUUAAAAAGUACUACAUUAUUGAAGGGAAGCAUAUGCAUUGGAAAAAUCCAAGACAAAAAGUUAAUCAACAUUCCACUCGAAAAGCACAUUAGUGAAGAACCUCAAUCUCCAAUGAAAUAGUUUCUAUAGUUGCAGACAUGGCAUACUAACUGACCGCAAUGUUGAAUUUAAUCCCUAAUCACAGGGUGGUAUAGUUGAAAACAAUUACCUAAGUACUUGGGCAGAUCACUUUUGAUAUAACUAGCGGUAGAAUUAAUAAUCAUAUUAUACAACUCAUGUGUAAUGCCAGGAAUAAUGCAAUCGCGAGUCGUCAAUAUUUUUGACAAUAAAUGGAGUAUAAUUUAUUUGUAAAGUAAGAAUAACUUAACGUCCCUUGAGAGGAUAUGAUGAGGGCGUACGGAAUGUGUAUAUAUAUGGUAGAUAUACUAAGGACACAUGACUGGCAAAUAUUUAUAUACUAAUCUAUGAACCAGCUGCAAGUCAAGUGCGGUUCUUAUGUCUAUCAAUCCCGAACUCAAUUCUCAAGUGAAAUCUAACACCAAGACCCCAAAGAUUGGCUUCCAUUGAUCCCAAGGCCUUUGAAUAAAAUUAAAUCGCAAAUUUAUGCCACGACCUAAAGCUCUAAACUAAAUCUAACCAAUGACAAAACUGGAAACGCAACGUCCACAACAAUAUUAAUAUUUGCAAACUUUUAAACCUAGCUUACACAUAAGAGAGUGCUAAAUUUCGGAAUAUUUGUGGGAUCCCAGUAUACGGGACCAGAUCCUAAGUAAAAACCCGUUGCAGAAUCAGGAGACGCUCACUCAACACUUAGCGCACUAAGUUUUACUAACUAACAGUCUACAUAUACGUAUGAAUAAUCCCGGCUUGUGUCUCCGUAUCUCGGCGAGAACUAAUAUUACACAAGGAUAACCAAAUACCGAAAGGGAACUAUUCAAAGUCAUGGCAAAUACACACAGAUAAAUAACAUAGAACUGUUGAACAAAAUU